CGACAGUUACAACGAGGGUCAAAGGUUUCCUGUUUUCACCCUGUUGUUUCCGGGUAGAUUGUUGUUACCUGUAACUAAAGGCUGCUGUCACUGUGAAGAUCACGUACAAUACAGUCACUGCGUUUGUCAGUAAAGGGGAAACAUUAUAAGAAUACAAAUUCAGUUGCUGAACAAGACCAUGUCUUCUGACAAGAACCAAACCUCAGAGCUUUCUGAUGCACACGGAGGACGUCUAGAGGAAAACCCGGGCACUGGGUUAUUUAAUGUGAAGGAAGAGGACGAGACAGACGACAUGAAUAGUCCUCAGACUGAAAUACAUUGGUCCCUCUCUGCCGAUGACGAUAAAGCUGAUAUAGUAAAAGUUGAGCUAACAGAAGAUCUGUAUAUGAGGCGUCAGCUGGGAGCCCCAGAUGAGGAAACCAGUGACGGUAUCAGCCCAGGGCGUAUGGCUGUGUCGCCUUCAGAUGACUCAGCGGUUGAGCACGGAGAAGAACUAGAUGUUUGUGAUCAGGUGAAGACUGAGGAGGAUGAGGUUCCUAUAAAUACGGCUACAGGUGAAUUUACAAACUGCAAUAAUCCUAGUGAUGGACAGAGUGCAGAUACGUCUUUCAAUUUUAAAAAUCAAAGAAGCCACGUGGGAAUAAUAUGUUCUGAAUGUGGGAAAUGUUUUGCCAAGAAAUCAUAUCUUAUUAGACAUCAGAAAAUUCAUACAGGAGAGAAAGAAUUUUCAUGUUCUGUCUGUGGGAAAUGUUUUACCUGGAGAUUUGCCCUUAAUAUUCACCUGAAACUCCAUACAGGAGAAAAAAUAUUUUCAUGUUCUGAAUGUGGGAAAUGUUUUACUCUGAAAUCAUAUCUUAUUAAUCAUCAGAAAACUCAUAUAGGGAAGAAAGCAUUUUUAUGUUCCGACUGUGGGAAAGGUUUUACUCUGAAAUCAGAUCUUAUUAGACAUCAGAACAUUCAUACAGGAGAGAAAGCGUUUUCAUGUUUUGACUGUGGGAAAUGUUUUAAUCAGAAACAGCAUCUUGUUAGGCAUCAGAAAAUUCAUACAGGAGAGAAACCAUUUUCAUGUUCUGAAUGUGAUAAAUGUUUUAGUAGGAAAUCGCAUCUUAUUACUCAUCAGAAAACUCAUUUUAAAAAAAAUCAGGAAAAUUAUAACUUACUUAGGUGAAUAGGGUGUUGUAGCCAUUAUCCACUGUAUACCUAGAGUGUUGAUGAUGACUACAUGUGGUCCUCUAUGGUAGCUCACUGGCCAGCAGGACAACCCUGACAUCCAGCUGUUUUGAACAUUCUAGCUCACAGCAACAGAGGAUAGGUUUGAUUUGCUGCUUGGUAAAGCUUCUUUCCAGGGUAAAACUUAUGGUUAGGUAAAAGGGAACUAUUUAAAUGAGAAAUAAUUUAAGGCUUUUUUAUACUAAGAGUGUUGGGUAAAUUUACCAUCCCUGAAGGCGAACAGCAAGUAGUGUUUCACUGCAUGGCAAUAUUUAACAUUGCACAAUAAGUCUCUUGUGCAAUGCUUCCUCUGCUUUGGUGCAACCAAUUGUGCUAGGGAAAGGCAUGUGAGUCACCUCAAAUGAGCAAGUGUUGGGGGUGAUUGAUCUUGCCACUUCUGAUUUGAGACAAAUAAAUAUGUGGAGAAGGCUAUUCAUGCAAACAUGCUCUACAUGGCAGAAAAAGCUGCAAACUCAGCUUAAUAAAUGUACCACUGUGUUUAACUAAAGAAAGCAUGUAUAUAUCUUACAGAGAAUUCUCUGAUUCACUUUUAUUUCACCAUGUCACGGGUUUACCUACCCAAGACUCUGUUCAACCUUGUUCCACGUUGUAUGUUACUGUUUACUGUUCAACCUUGUUCCAUGUUAUAUGUUACUGUUUAUGUGAUAACUGUUCCUUUGUUGCUGAUUGCAACUUCCAUUUUAUUUUUAAAUGUAUUUUUACUGAAGGACACCAAGACAGCAGGGAUUGUGGGAAGAGGACCAGUGGGGAACGGAGUGUCAGUUGCUCAACCUUUUUUAUUCAAAUUGCGCUGUUAAUAAAGUGUUGUUUUCCGGCUUAAACUCAAUAA